UUCGACCUUAUUCUUUUCUGCUUUUUCACUCUCUAAUAUCUCUUUAUAUAUGAAUAAUCUCAAUCAUUUUCCAAUCAAAUAGUAACUCAUAAUCUCUGAGAUUCUUUGAAGCCUCUCUGUGAAUUGAUUUUAAUCUCCCCAGAUUUACCUAUCAAUGGCAGCUUAUGAGAAGGGAAGGGCGGCAGUAGGGAUAGGAGGAGCUCUACCAAAAUUUGGGGAGUGGGAUGUGAACGAUCCGGCAUCAGCUGAAGGAUUUACAGUCAUAUUCAACAAGGCCAGAGAUGACAGAAAGUCUGGUGGAACUCCAUUGAUUGUUGCAGCAGCGGCCCCAGAAAAAUAUGCUUCCCGUAAAAAAAGUGGCAAAUAUAAUAAGCUCCCCAAAAAGAGUAAGUGGCUUAUUUGCUGCGGUUGUUAGGUUUUUGCCCAUUGGCUUUCGAAAGAACCUUGCAAGACAAGAAACACACGACGCUCUACAAUGCGGAGGAGGAGGAUUCUCUACCCUCCUGCUCUACAAUGCGGAGGAGGAUUCUUUACCUUUCCAUGCCUUUUUAUUUGAACAGCCACGGUUAAGUCACGUCAACAUCUUAUAUUGAUUUUUUUUAUGAAGAUAAUAAGACAAAAAAUAAUUUGUGAGAUGAGAGAAUGUAAGGGAAUGAGAAUAGGAUGGUAGAUAAUCUUCCUUCCUACAAUGCAGCAUUGAUCGGAGUAGAGAAAAACAAUAUUUUUCUUGUUAUUCUUUAAUUCAUUUUAUUUUUCUUUUCAAUUUUGAUGUGUUACUCCUUGAUUUUUCCUUUUCUAGGAGAGUGAUGUAUAUUGAGUAUUUUGUUAAUUUUUUUUUUCAUUAAGUGAAUGCUUUUAUUUAAUUUUAUAUGCUCAACCCGAUUGAAUGCUAAUGCAACUUUUGAAUGGAACUGGUCAACUCAUCUGUCAUAAUCAUUUCUACACCAUAUUUCAACUUUCAACUACUCUCGGCCAAAUCACGAAAAAAAUAUUUAAUUAACGGAUGGAACAUCAAUAAUUUAUGGACAAGGGUUGUCAGCCCAUUCAUUUUCGAUGUCCUUUCGUGCUCUUCUGUUUUAUGUGAUCAUAAUUAAGUUGAGUCAAUAUUUUAUAUUAUUUUUUAUAGAAAUAAUAAAAUAAAAAUAAAUAAUAAUAUAAAAUAUUGA